CAGAAAUUCAAAAGGUGAACCGUUUCAUUGUUUGAAUUUGGAUACAGUUUUUUUUUAUUGAAUAAUUUUCCAAUGUGUUCUAAAGUAAUCUAAUCAUGUUAAGUCCAAGAAGUUCCUACAAUGACGAGACCAAACGUGACAUACCUUCGUUUAUUGAACCUCGGCCACCGGUAAUAUUAAAUCCUUACAUGAGGCCUAGACCUCAAAAAGGAACGAAUCUAUUUGACCUUCUGGAGGAUUCAGAAACUGAAGAACCGGAGCUAGUGCAAGUGUAUUUAAGGUUAAAGCCGUGCAAAAUCCCUAGCAACCUGUACGAAGUGCGUUCAGAUCGUUCAUUGAUAACUUCUUUGGAUACAACAACAGCUGGUCAUGGGAGGCGCACCCAACACAAUGUAUCAAAAAUGUAUACGUUUUCGCAUAUUUUUGGACCGGAUUCCAAUCAGAAAGAAAUAUUUGAACAUGUAGUCAAGGACAAUCUUAAGAAGCUACCUGAUGGCAACAGCUUUACACUCCUUACAUAUGGUGCAUCAGGUUCUGGAAAGACCUUCACUCUGAUGGGGACAGUAACAGCACCUGGUUUAGUUCCCAGGUCUUUGGAAUAUGUGUUCAAAGUUGUGGAUGCUGCGCAGCAACCGCUGUAUAAACCUGAUGAAAGGGGUGCUGAUAAAUUGAGUUAUGCUAUGCAGGAAUAUGAAUUAAAGUGGGUCAAACAGCUGCGGCAGAUAUCAGCUCCUGUGAGAGACAAGUACAGGCGCAUGAGUGCCCAACUGGGUGGUGACCUUACAUGCAGUAAUGUGGAUUUGACUAACCGAAGGAGUCAUUAUGUAUGGGUGUCAUUUAUAGAAAUUUACAAUGAAGGAAUCUACGAUUUACUGGCACCAGGUGAUCGGAGGAAUGCGCCCAAACUUGCUAUCCGAGAAGAUACAAGCGGCAAUGUUUACGUAAAGGGAGCAACGCAAGCGUUUGUUCGUACGGGGGAGGAGGCCUAUGACGUCAUGGUCGCGGGUAAACACAAUUUGCAAGUGGCUGCAACUGGUAUACACGCGCAGUCGUCUCGCUCGCACUGUAUAUUCACCAUCACCAUGCUGACUGAAACAGACGGUGGCAUGCGCACCGCGUGCGUGCGGCUGUGCGACCUGGCGGGCUGCGAGCGAGCGGCGCGCACGCGCAAUACGGGCGCGCGCAUGCAAGAGUCCCGCGCGAUCAACUCCUCGCUGCACGUGUUGGAGCGCUGUCUGCGAAUGCUGCGGCGCAAACGCACCGUUACCGCCAUUGUACCAUACAGGGAGUCGAAGCUGACCAGGUUACUGGGUGCUGGGCUGUCGGGCACGCGCGGCGAGGCCGUUAGCAUGGUAGUCACGCUGAACCCUUCGCCGGAGUACGCCAACGAGACCCGACACGUUCUACAGCUUGCAGCAGUCGCCAAGGACAUACAAAUCAAUGACACACUAUCCGAGUACCCGAGCACCUUCGAGAGCAGCACCCAAGAUACCACCAUCGGAUACAACAGCAUGGAAGUGAUGAAGCUUCGAGCUGACAAUGAGAGGUUGCUGUUUGAGCUGAAACAGGCCCAGGCUCGCAACAAAGAACUGAUGGCGUGCAUUGAAGAAAAGCAAGCCGCUAACGAGAAAACCUUGUGGGAAGUUGCGGAAGAGGCUAAAGCGAUAUAUACGGACUAUUACGAGGCGGAAAUAAAAGCUCUGCAGACUAAGAUGGAUAGUAUGGCGGAAGAUUACGAGAGUAGAUUAGGUCAAGCAUCCCAACCGCCCCGUGGAGAUACCCCUUCGAAGAAGUACCAAAACCAGAUUGCUCAAUUAAUGACAGACGUCGCUAUUCUGGAGGAGAAGCUAUCGGCCGAGCGCUUAGCUCGCGUGAGAGCUGAGGAAGAAGUGCAACAUCUAAGGACUUGCAUUGACGAGAGAGAUGAAAAAUCUGAUGAAGCUCUAGAAGAAAAAGAUGUCAUAUCUCUUACAGACAGCGAUCACAGUGACAGCGAAGAUGAUCCGUGCAAUGAAAGCCUGGAACCAACAUUCAGAAAGGAGGACAUAAACCGUUCCAGAAUGAUCAGACAAAGUAUAAUCGCGGAUUUUAAUAUUCUGAAUCCUAUUUCUGAUAUCAAUGAUCGCAUUUCGGAUGAAGGUAUCUUAGAAAACUCAUCAUAUUCAUCAAAAGAUUUAGAUAAAUCGAAUGUAAGUAAUGUAAAUGAUACGUAUUUAACUGGUGAAGAUAGCGGUACUGAUAGAUUUAAUGACAGUGACAGAAGUGAUAUGGAUGACAACGAAAUUAUUUCAACAGUUAAAAAGGCAACUAACCUUUCGCGGGGUACAUAUUUCGUUGACCAAGUAAAUGAUUUUAAUCAAACCAAAGUAGACCACACUAAAACGCAGCGACCUCUUAGUCGGGAAACCUAUUGUAUGCCAACUACUGAACUUCUCGAUACUUCUAUGAACAAUGAGUCCAGAGAACUAGGACCAAUUGGAUCAAUUAAUCAUGAAGGAAACGUAAUCACUAAAACACAGCGACCUCUUAGUCGCGAAACUUAUUGUGUGCCGAUUUCGGAAGUUCGCAAUACUUCUGAAAACAAUGAAUUACAACAAGGUAAUACGAUAAAUAAUGAAGAAACUGAAAUCACUAAAUCUCAACGAUCAAUCAUUCGGGAAACGUAUUGUGUUCCAACUUCUGAAGUUCACAAUAGUUCUAUAAACGAUAAAUUAAAAGAACAAAUGUCCACAAUAAGCAAUGAUGCAAAAGAAAUCAUUAAAAUCCAGCGACCUCUAAGUCGCGAAACUUAUUGUAUGGCAACUACUGAAGUUCUUUAUACUUCUAAAAACAAUAAAUUACAAGAACAAAUGGCGCCAAUAGACAAUGAACUCAGUAAAAAACAUUCUCCAAGUCGCGAAACUCACUGUACGUCAACUUAUAAAGUUCUCGAUACUUCUAAAAAAGAAGAAUUACAAGAACCCAAUGAUAAACAGCGGCCGCUCAGUCGCGAAACAUAUUAUGUGCCAACUUCUAAAGUCCUUAAUAUUUCUAACGAUAAUAAACUACCAGAACUAAGCAAAAUACAAAAACCACAUGAUACUUCUACAGGUCUUAAAGAUAAAGAUAAAGUUCAAGAUGCGGUUCCUCAAUGUCUUAAAGUAGAUAAUAUGAUAAAAGUGCCUAAUGCUAUAAAAGUUGAAUCGGAUAACCACACUCGUGUACACAAAAUAUUACCUGAUACUUAUGUUAAAAAGAUAUUGGGUUCUAUAAAGCAAUCUACAGAAAGUAACGAAUCGUUAGCACAAUUUGAACGCUUAGAAAUGGAGACGAAUGUUAUUGAUAGUGACAAAAAGAGAGUGACCAAGGAAUUUUUUAACAUUAAGCAUACAAAAGAAACUAGAAAAUACUUUGACGAAGAUUCUCUUGAUAAGUGUGGUAAAACUCCAGCUACUGUAAUUAAAAAAAAGGACAGAAAAAUCUACUUUGAUAAUCCUAAAGAAGCAGAAGAUCAAAUACAAAUCAAAAUUAAACAAGAAAAAAAGAGUUUCUUUGAAAGCAAUGAAAUAGAAUCCCAGAAACAGACAGCAGACACUAAAUUUAUAAAAGAAAUAGAUAAUUUUCGGUCACCCUCGAUAGUCAGAGAAAAUGUGACAAACGAUUUUGAACCGAGUAUGAUUAAGAAAUUACUUGGAAAAGGUUACUCAAAACAAGGCGAAAACGAAAUUAAGGUUACUUCAAAAGCUCACGACUCUAUUGAUAUUUUUGAAGAAUUAGAAUCCCCUAGAGUUGAUAUCAAUAUCAUUGCUGAAAUCAAGAAGAAAGACUUAGAAAGCGUUCGUGAUUCUAUCGAAAAAAUUGUUAUAUCAGAUAAAAUCGUCACUACAUUUGAUUCCACUGCUACAAUUGAAACAAAAUCAAAAAAUACAAUUGAUACCGAUAACAAAGCAAUAAAAACGUCUAAAAAAGAAGUCAUUGACGCUAAAAGUAUAGAGAGCACCUUUGAAAUAGUAAUUGCAAAGAGCGCAGCUGUAGAAAAUACUGAAAAGGAAGUUACAGGUGCUAAUGAGAGCAACUUAAUCAACACCCCACUUGAAACCAAUGAUGAAUCUCAACUACAAGCAAACAAUACUAAAGUAAAUAAUACAACUGUGGAAUUUGAAAACAUUUAUAAAGACGUUACAGUACCGCGAGCUACGGAAUUCGAUCUGCUGGUAUCUCAAGAAAGUGUUGAUGAAAAUAAUACCAAUACUGAGAACUCCGAAUCCGAAGAUUUAAAGUAUAACUUGCGGAAUAAAACGAAGUUGGAAAAGCCCAAAACUGAAAGAAAAAGGAGAAAGAACAAAGUUUUUGAUGGAGAAAUACUUUUAGAAAGCGUUCCAAAAUGCGAGAGUAAAUCGAAACCGCCUAGAAAAAACCUAAGAUUACGUAGGCAAAAGAAUAUUUCAGAUGUUGAUGGCGAUGGAAAAGACAAAUUGAAAGACAUAGUUAAUCUUCAGUCUGAGUUCUCUGAUGUUACAAUGGACAUCCCUGCGCCAUUGAAAACCUCGGAAGAUAUACCUUCGCCCGAAAAAGUAGAAGACGAAGAAAACUCUCCCAUUCUUGGAAUACAGAGCUGUCCAGCUAAAAGUAUAACCCGUAGUCGAAGAAAGUUGUUCACACCACGGGCAGAGCCUCUCGAAGAAAGCUUGGUAGGCACGGGAGACAGCAAUGACAGAAUUCGCGUUCCACGGCCUUCCUACCACCGUCCAAGGGCAAGACGCAAGCUUUGAACGCAGCUACAGAAACUACUGAAACGACCACUACUGCUACCUAUGACUAUUAUAGAUGAAAUAUGAAAAAGAAAUUAUUCAUGAAAAAUAAAAAUGUCGCAUACAAAUUUAGAAAUCUGGCAUGAUUAAUAUGCCGUACCACAAGCAAACAUAUUUAAUUUAACAAAAAGUUCCCUUUAUAAUAUGCGUGCUUUUUAUAAUGUAGUGCGAUUAUUUUGUGUCUUUGUGCAGGCGUAUAUUCUUAGAUUUUUUCAUUCAACUAAAAAUGUGCUGAGCUAAAGUACUUUUUGUUUUAAAUUAUGUGGAUAUAAAUAUUUAGUUUGACAUUACUAUUAUAGA